AUGCAGAGUUCAGAGGGUGGAUCAGACUCAGCAGCUUCUGUGGCACUUCACACCUCAGCAUCAGCCCAAGCUCCGGUGGUGCAGCUGGUGCCAUCAUCUCAGCAGGUGCAAGCUGUGCAGCAUGUAUAUCCAUCCCAGGUCCAGUAUGUGGAAGGAGGAGAAGUUGUUUAUACCAAUGGAACCAUACGAGCUGCCUACUCCUACAACACAGAAGCUCAGAUUUACGCCCCCAGCAGCGCAGCGUCCUACUUCGAACCACAGGGAGGUGGAGCUCAGGUGACUACAGCGGCAUCCUCCUCUCCUACAGCCAUUCCCUCUCACAACAUGGUGGGCAUCACCAUGGACAUUGGGGGAAGUCAGAUCCUCUCCGGCUCGGGAGCCUAUCUCAUUCAUGGGGGGAUGGAAAACACUAGACAUUCUCUGUCACAUACUUCACGCUCCUCUCCAGCAACGCUUGAAAUGGCGAUUGAAAACCUACAAAAAAAUGAAGGGAUUACAUCACACAAAAGCAGUUUGCUCAACAGCCAUCUCCAGUGGUUGUUGGACAACUACGAGACAGCGGAAGGCGUCAGCCUUCCCAGGAGCUCCCUCUACAACCAUUACCUGCGGCACUGCCAGGAGCACAAACUGGAUCCAGUGAAUGCUGCUUCCUUCGGGAAGCUGAUCCGCUCAGUGUUCAUGGGGCUGAGGACUCGUCGCCUGGGAACCAGGGGAAACUCCAAGUAUCAUUAUUACGGGAUCCGCCUAAAGCCGGAGUCUCCACUGAACCGUCUGCAGGAGGACACACAGUACAUGGCAAUGAGGCAGCAGCCCGUCCACCAGAAGCAAAGGUAUAGACCAGCUCAGAAGAUGGACGGAAUGUCAGAGAGUGGCUCCAACAGUAACUCUCACACUACGCCAGAGCAGUCGGUUGCCGCUCAAAGUCAACAUCACCAGCAAUUCAUAGAUGUAACCCAUGUCUUUCCUGAGUUCCCAGCCCCUGAUCUAGGCAGCAUCCUCUUGCAAGAAGGGGUGACCAUGAAUGAUGUGAAAACUCUGCAGCUUCUUUACAGGCGACACUGCGAGGUGACUUUGGAUGUUGUCAUGAAUCUUCAGUUUCAUUAUAUUGAGAAACUGUGGCAAUCCUUCUGGAGUCCUAAAACACCAUCUAGUGAUGGCUCUACUGCUCUGCCGUCCAGCGAGGAACAUGAAGCAACCCUCCCGAAAGAGAAGCUGAUCAAUCUGUGCAAACACGAACCCAUCCUCAAGUGGAUGAGAAGCUGUGAUCACAUCUUGUACCAGGCCCUGGUGGAGAUUCUCAUCCCAGACGUGCUCAGACCAGUGCCCAGCACACUUACCCAGGCAAUCCGUAAUUUUGCCAAGAGUUUGGAAGGGUGGCUGAUGAAUGCAAUGAGUGAUUUUCCCCCCGAGAUUGUCCAGACCAAGGUCGGGGUGGUCAGUGCCUUUGCGCAGACGCUACGGAGAUACACGUCCCUGAACCACUUGGCCCAGGCUGCCCGGGCCGUGCUGCAGAACACCUCCCAGAUAAACCAGAUGCUCAGUGACCUCAACCGGGUCGACUUCGCCAAUGUGCAGGAACAAGCCUCAUGGGUGUGCCAGUGCAAGGAAGGCAUGGUACAGAAACUGGAGCAGGAUUUCAAGUUCACUCUGCAGCAGCAAAGUUCCCUGGACCAGUGGGCAAGUUGGCUGGAUAAUGUUGUUACUCAAGUCCUGAAGCACCACGAGGGCAGUCCCAGCUUCCCCAAGGCAGCCAGGCAGUUCCUGUUGAAAUGGUCUUUCUAUAGCUCCAUGGUGAUCCGUGACCUCACCCUGCGCAGUGCUGCCAGCUUUGGCUCCUUCCACCUCAUUCGCCUGCUCUAUGAUGAAUAUAUGUUUUAUCUGGUUGAGCAUCGUGUUGCCCAGGCAACAGGGGAGAUGCCAAUUGCCGUCAUGGGAGAGUUUGGUGACCUCACAUCCCUGUCCCCAACGCUGCUGGACAAAGAUGACAUUAGUGACCUGGGCAACGAGGUGGACACGGACUCCAGGAGCAUGGGAGAGCCGCUGGUGAAACGGGAACGCAGCGACCCCGGCUACUCGCUGCAGGAGAUAUGAAAUGGGGACUUGGCUUUUCUCCAGCUGGGGGAAGACAUCCAGAGCCAGGUUUGAUGCUCACAAGCCUGAGUCUCCUGUAUCUGCAUAA